UCAGGGCAAUACGCUAAAGACGUCCAGCUAAUAAUAGGCACAACUAAGGACGAAGGAAUCGCUUUCGUUCCGAUAUACGCGGGCGUCGGGAUUCUUAAUCUGACUUACGAAAUCCUUGCGGAGGAACUGAUACCUGUGCAGCUAGAGUUUGCAAAAUACUCAGAUCCUACAGGAGUGUUGGCAGAAUCCGUCCUGUUUGAGUAUACGAAUUGGGAUGAUCCCAGAGGAAAGGGUCACCUUAACGACAUCUCUCCAAACUCCAACAUCACAAACAAGGAGGGCGAGUGGAACACGAUACAGUCUGCAUCCGAGAUUAUUGGAGACAUCAUGUUCAAGUGCCCGAUGCAGAUUGAAGCUGCACUCCAUGCAAGUAAUGGAGUCCCUGUCUACAUGUAUGCGUUAGAGUAUGUCACUGAUAUUUACGCUGGAAUACCAUUUGUGCUGCAUGCCCUGGAAACAGUGUACGUGUUUGGACGGCCGUUCAAAAACAACACAUUCUGCUCUGAUGCCGAGGCAGCCAUUUGCCCUCACCCCGAUGAUUACGUCGAGGCCAACGAACGAGAUCGAAAUUUCAGUGACUGGAUGAUGGAUUUGUGGACCAACUUUGCACAAAAGGGCGAUCCGACGCCGGGGAUUCUUGGCUACGGCGGCGUGAAGUGGCCCAAGUACGCGGAGACGCUGCUGAGCUCGACCAGCCGCGCCUACCUGCGUCUCGACGAGCUGUCGACGACGGCGCAGCACUUUGCGGCGCGCUCCUCCGAGUACUGGCACAGCUACCUCUACAAGCUGCAGAACAUCACCGAGAGCCUGCCUGACGGGCCAGCGACGGCCACGACGCAAACGCCCUCUACGGAGACGACCGUGGAGACGACAACUUAUGUUACUAUCGGUCCGGUCGAGCCGAGCGAAGAGGAUUUGUGGCCGCUCAUUUGGACUCUCGUGGGGGUCGGCGGCGCUUUCCUGAUACUAGCCAUACUUGAGGGUGUGGCUCUAAUUCUGAUUUCUAAGUCUGUGAAGACAGGAGCCGUUGAUGCGGGCGUCUACAAAAAUGAAGUUUAUCACAAUGAGAUAUAUGACAUGUAGGCAGGCAGCGAGUUGAAUCCUAAUUGGCGUUAGGCUUCUGAGCUGUAUAUGCAACUAGGAUGAAAUCUUGACGUUUGCAAUAUUCAGCAAGAUUUACUAUAUAGAAUAAGCCAAAUUUGUCAAAAAUAAUAGGCAGUUAAAAGUUGUUAAAAUAGGAGCUGUCUAUGGUUUUAUG